GUACAUUCGAGAAAGAAUCAAGAACUGUACAUGCACAUGUAUAUUAUUUCCUUUUUAUAUCUCCAGCCAGGAGUCUCAUUUGAUACAAACCCAACAGACCUGAACCAAAUCUUAAAGAACCAAUCCAAGAAACAGGAAGACUUAAUUGAGGCAUUGAAGAAAAUACAUGUGCUCAGUAUUGAAGAGGGUGUGGUGGCCUUAAAGAACUGUGAUUGGUCCAAGUUAUUCCCUACAGGGUUUCUCAUAGCGAAUUGGGAGCCAUAUAUGAUCCAGUAUGCAUCAAACUACCCACUCUUCCUACAGGAUUCCACAAUGUUAGCAACAAAGGAUAAAAGUGGGCAAGUUGAAUCAAUAAGUUUUGGGACAAUUAUAAAUAGCCCCGCUGCACUGAUAUAUCGCUCUGAUUACUAUGGUAACAGUGAACAAGAUGCCAUACAUCAUAUUGUGAAACAUGCAGUUUUGAUAUCACAAUUAGAUCAGAAAAGAGAUAUUUCCUACUCAAUACUAUUGCCGGAGACUCUUGAUAAACAAGUCAUAAAAGAUUUUGUGGUGACCAAGAUGGGGUUGACCAAUCAAAGGACUGGUGAGAAUUUAGCUCUGCUAAUAAGUAUGCCACCAAGAAAUUUUCUUUCGAAGAUGUAACAGUAUAGUUCAAAUAAUACUGUAAAAAACUCAAUUUAAAUAUACUCUCUUUUGAAAUGGUCAUCUAGGCUGCAUUUUAUGAACCCCCCGUGGCGCAAGUCAGUUGUGCAAAAUUUAUUAAGAUUUCUCCCCAUGGUAUCAUGAAAAAGAAAAAGAAGCCCAGCAGUGCUUGGAUGAGCUCUUUUUGUUGAAAACUUGUGACCAUGUUAUUCACUUUGCAGGGCCUAUUGAUCUUUUUCGUGAUACCGGGAGAUAACACAUGUAAAUAUUAAGCAAUUGACUUGCGCCACAGGCAUUCAAAAAUGCAGCCAGAUCAGUGGUUUCAGUAACUUUGUGUACAAGAGGCAGAUGAAAAAUACAAGAGGCGGCAUUCAAAAUAACCAAUUUUACGCUCCCGACAAUGCAAAUUCUUG